AUUCAAUCCAACAAUCAAUCAUUCCGUCCGAUUUAUUUAGGGUUCUCAAGCUUCACGUUCAACGACCAACCACCAACCACCAUUUUCUCAUCACAGAUCACAGACGGACAACGAUAGCAACCAACCAACAGAAGAAGAGCAAGAAGAGGAGAUGCCCAACUACUUUAUCAGUCAAGAUGCCAACAAGAUGGGCCAUGUCCAAGUGAAUGGUGCCAAUGGUAGCUUGGAAAGGAUCACCCUGUAUCCCGUUGCCCCCAAUCCUGACAAUUUGCCACCCAAAGCUCCUGGGGGUAUUUCGACGCAAUGGCUCGUCCAUCAUCCUACGAUACCCUUGAUCUGUGCCCUCACUUCCUAUGGGAAUAAACAUCCUGCUCAGUUGACGUGUUUUUCCUUUGAGGGUGGUGGUGACAAUACUAAUAAUAAUGUCACACUGACCAAGACGUCACUCGAAGGAGCCACGGCGGGAAGAGAAGCCGUUCAUGCUGCCUUUUCACCCACGGUUGACUCCAGCAGUGGGACCGUGACGUUGGCCGUGGCGCAUCACAAUGAUGGUCUGGUUAGCUUCUUUCAAUUCUCCACCAGCAAACUGCCCGAUAGUCUCAUGGAUCAGCCAGCAUUGACACUGGAACUUGCAGAAGUGGAACCUGGCACCCAAAAGACACUCGCCACGAACAGGGAUUUGGGGUUGUCUAUCCCGAGCAGUCAUUUUGUCCAGUAUGCAUCUACGGGGGAAUAUAUUUGGAUUGUCGACCCAAACCAAUCCGUUGUCUUUACCUAUGCAGUCGAUCCCAAAACGGGCUUGCCAGCAUCUCCCACAGAGAAACCCACAUUCACCUUCCAAUGCAAAACCGACGCUCCUUCGUUGGGAUGGUUUUCUGGAUUGGUGGGCAAAGUCAUGGGAUUGGGAUGUCGUCCACGACGCAUUGCCACCAGUCCCAAUGGCGAAUACGUCUUUCUCAGUUACGAAACACGCAAUGUCAUUCAGGUCUAUCAUGUCAAUGCCAAAACAGGUCAAAUUGAUCCCGACAACAAGGGUUGUCUGCAGGAAGUCAGUACAUUGGAGUACACUCUGGUGCAUCAACCAUUGAUUGGGUUUUCCUUUCAAGCUUCCGCCGAACUGGUGGUCUUCCAAAACUCUCUCUAUGUGUCCAACCAAGGUGUUGUGUUAUUUGGACGAGGGGAGAACUCCAUUCGAGUCUAUGGCAUUCUCGACGGAGGACGUCUUGCCAAUCCACACACCGUCAACUGUGCGGGUCCCGUGCGGCAUUUUUGCGUCUCCCAAGAAGGAACGGUCGAAACAUUGGUGGCGGGAACGGGCAAACCAGGGCAAGCGUUACAAACCUUUACACGCAGCUCGCCAUCGGAAAAGUACCAGCUGGUGGGAACGGCCGAUGUUGGUGUCAAUGUGUUUUGCGUCUUGCCUGCUGCAGCCAAGAAGAGUGACACCAGCAUUGCUCAACCUGAAUUGAUGGGUGAUAGCAGCGAUGCGUAGAGCAACGUGUGAGUAUUGACACCAAUGUCUCUUGGGAAUGAUGAAUCAGUCGGUCGGGGUUCGGGGUUUUCGCCUGUUGGGAUGCCACGAACAGUACGAAACAAGGGAGGCACAAGGAUAUUUGUAGAGAACGUAACUGAUAAUGGAAUGAACGUGAUUGGGAAGAUACAGCUGCUGAGGUAUCGGCAUCUAGCUAGCUUCUUUUCCGAACCAAGCAGGGAACGACUCGAAUCACCCCGGUCGGAAUGAUGAAUCAGGUUUUCCAAAAAGAGACAGAGUACGCUUCCAAUGACAUGUAUGGACUAUUUUUAUUGCUGUCUGCCUUCUUGAUGAUUAUUGUUGU